AUGUCUACUAAGAGCGUCGUCAGCGACAGCGAUCGCAUGCUCCGAAAUGUCACGAUCUGGAUGUGGCUACCAGCCUUCCCAUUCCUUCUGGCCCAUGGCAUCAUGACGAACCAGCUGCGCCCAGUGCUCGGCAUCAUCCCUGUGACAUUCUCAGCGAUCUCUGGGUUGGUGCAUGUCUCUGGACGGGCGAGUCUCCUCCACGCUUUCUUCGUUUUCCGCGAGACGUUCAGGAUCAAUUGGAGAUACUGUCCUCACUGCCACAUGGACCUCAACAUCAACGUCUACACCCAUGAAGACAAGGCCAUGUUUCAGGACUCGAGCAAUGGCAAAGAGUCUUAUGGUCCUGUCACGUUCGUCGAUCAGGAGCACGACAAUAGCUCUGCGAGCUCCAGCAAGAUGACCAUUGUCGCUUCUGCUUCGCAGUACAAACAGCCCCGGCCAAGCACCGACGACGAGACUGCCCGGCUGGUCUGA